CUAUAGUGAUUAUCUUCUCCAAGGCAAGCGAUUUUUGAUGUGUUGGUACAAAAUUAGAAAAAUUCACUAAUCCAAUCCCAAGUUUCUUGCACGCUUUAACUAUUCGUACACGUGUCUUCUUCCCAUAUGUUCAUUUUCGAAAUUUCGCGAUCAUGGAUGGGUGACUUGGUGUCUAGAUAGACAGCCUGUCCAUUUGUGAAGUGUCUUCAGGUUCGGACCAAAAAAAAAUCAGUUCGUAUUUUCAGUUUAAUAUACAAAUCAAACAAUUUAAAUAAUUGGAUUUGAUCCUUGGAUAAAAACGCCAGCUCUAAAAUCUAUGGUACGUAAUAAGAAUCAUAUUCAUAUAUGUAUCUGUUUUUGUAGACGUAAUAUAUUAUGUUUGCAAUCAAAUUUUCUAAACAUUUUAAAACUAACGUUUGCAGAUUAACAUGGCUGCUAAUCAACUAAAAAAUACAGUAACAGCUUAGCUGGCGAUGACAAACUACUGGCAUGACUGGUAAUUUCCAAAUAAUGGCAGCGAUUAAUUGGUCUAAACAUAUGCUGACGUGGAAUAUUAACUAACAAAUCAACAUUCUCUUAUUUCUCCUAGUCAUUAAUGUAUUUACGGUCGACCCAACAAAAAAAAAUGUUUUAUUUACGGACGACACAAAGGAUUUGUUGAAGAGUCUCUUCAAAAAACCUCCUUUAAAUUCUGACGAUUCUCUUUCUUGAUAUCUGUCUCUCCAAAUCAAGAAAUCUCUCCACUCGAUCAAAAAGAAGAAGAAAACAAAAUCUCUCUCUCGUGUCUUUCUUUUUCUUUUUGUUAAAGAAUCUCUCUCGUGUCUUUUUUUCUUUUUUUGUUAAAGAAUCUCUCUCGUGUCUAACAAAGCUUGCACUUUAAUUUGAUCAAAAGUUUAAGCAAAAAAGACAAAAAGAACAUCGCUCAAAUGAUGAAUUCUGGGUCUUGCUUGGUUUGAAGUUCUUCUUCCAGAAAUUAUUUAUUGUUCUUCUUAGAAAAUGAUUUUGUUUUUCGAGCUCUUUUACGGCGAAGCUAAAGUAGCAGAGUGGGAGAAAGAGAGAUAGAUAGCAAACCCUUUACAUACAUUUACACGUGUACAUAUAUACAUACGUUACACAACAGAUUCGAAGCAAAAGAGAUAUAUAUGACUGUGAAUUUAAUGGUGAUCACCGAAUCCAAGACGUCGGAGAUAGAAUUUGCGAGAUGUGAAUGUUGCCGUAUGAAGGAGGAAUACACGGCGGCGUAUAUAGAGAGCGUACGGUGUCUAUACGCCGGAAUAUUUAUCUGUGGUCUCUGUUCCGAGGCUGUGAAGUACGAGAUUUUCCGUUGGGGGAAAAAGAAGAGACAAAUCAGCAUCGACGAGGCUUUAGCGAUUCAUAUGAAGUUCUGCGGCGAGUUUAUUGCUUCUCCCUCUCCGACCGUUGAUUUCAUAUCGGUGGUCGGAGAUAUUUUCAGGAGAAGAUUAAUUCUGAAUUUGCCAAGGGUCGUGACGUCAGCAGAGCUGUUGCCGCCGACAGUUGACGGUGGAGAGGUUUGUGCUACGGCGGUGAUUGGUGGGGCUGGGACUGGGAGCUGUUUACCUGCUUUGCCCGGUGGUGCGUAGAUCGGAAUAUUCUAUUUACGGCGAGGUAUCUGACAGAGAAGAAGAAAGUGUCCGCGAUAGUGCUCUUCUGUAAAUAAAUGAAGAGAGUUAUUAAAAAAGAAAAAUCUGGAAUUUUAGGGUAAUUGGUUUGAUUGUAUAUACUGUACUUGUUUUGUUUCAAUGUUAAAUGUUGAUAUGAGUGUUAAUUAAUUAAUGAAAAAAUUUUGGUGUGUCAAA